AUGGCCAUAAGACAGGCGACGAUUGAAGUAAUAGGGCAGCACCUGAAAGCAGGAGAGGAAGAGGAAGGAACUAUGGACGAUAUCAAAGUGGGCCUGACCCUCGAACAAGCAGAGUUCCUCGCUUUUCUAGCUUCCCUCAUGGCGCUGGCUAGUGAGGCCGCAGCGCUCUGGCGGGAGGUGGCACAGGGAAAGUUACCCAUCUGGACAGCCUCUACCUUGACCGACAUCCUCCUCCGCGAAGCCGAGAGCCUGAUCCACGUGACAAGACUCCUGAAUGAGGAAGAGGAGUUGUCAUCAGAAUUGCUCAGGCCUUGGACUGCCAGCACCAGCAAUAAGGAUGGAGUGUCCCAGCCGCAGCUCGCGCAGGAUUGGGUCGACGCGCUGGACAAGGCGAACGACGCAGGAAGUUUGUGGCGCGAGCUGGCCACACUCCUGCCCGGAUUACCCUACUGCGCGAUGUCAUUUCUGCGGCCGUCGGUCAAUGCCGCGCCCGACGUGCUAAGGUCUGCCCACCGGCCCUACGUCUUCACCAUGCUCUGCCACGGCAUUAGGCACAUCGGCAUGGGUGAUCACCCUACAUCCGUGGCCCAGGUUCCUCUUGUUACCCUUGUCGCUACACACUUUUGCCUCCUGGUCACGAGCAAAGGUGUCGACCUGGAAGCCGCGCGCACGGAGGUUCGCGCUGAACUCAGCGGGAUCCUAGCACUCCUUCCCCGGCUCUACAAACAAAAGGCCUUGACGGAAAAGGAGAUAAAUGAGUUCCGCAAUACGGCCAAAGGGAUGAAGGCCUGGGCCGAGGCCUGCACCGAGCCGAUGAGCCUAGGCACAAUCCACGCUUUUGCCCGGAUGCACUGGGUUCAGUGGUACGUUCGCAUCAUUGGCACCAACAGCCUCCCGCUGCAGACAUUCCUGUACCUAUGCGAGAAGCGUCGACUACAGGCCUCCGGGGACAUAGACGACGACAAUGACGACAAGCGCUUGAUCGGGGCCCUGCUUGAGGACCAGCGCAUCGCGCCGUACCUGUUGCAGGACGGGCGACCAAAGACGGUCUCUCAAUGCAUCAAGGCGCUGCGAGAUUGGUGUCAUCUGCCGACGUUGGACGGGAGGACGCUGAAUGACAAAUAUAUUAGGCAAUUGGAGACAAGCGAGAGGAUGAAGAGACUAGAAGUGGUAGAAAGCAUCAGUAGCGCCAGGAGCAUUAACUCUAUGUUUAUGUACGAAAGGAUCACGAACAACAACUAUCGCGUUACUAAGGACAUGUAUAUAGAAAUUUCUGCCCGUCUGCCCGUGGAGGAGCGAAGGAACGGCCUUACAGACCCAACUCUCCUCAGGCGCUACUUGAUUUGGGAGAUGGACCCUCCGAGCUGCUUCGACCUUGAGGCCGCUCUCUUCGAGGCGGUGCAGAAAACGCCUGAGUGGGAAGGGUUGCGCGUGGUCAGUCUCUUGAGAUUGAUUCCAGAUAAGUCCAAUUGGUGGAACGAAGUUGCAAAAGUCCUUCGGCAAGCACUCGAGGCAAAGCUACCUGGCGGGUUCUUCAUUGUAAAUGACGACAACUCGCUCCAAAUCGCUCUUCUAAAGGCUGCCUUGAGGGUAAACGGUCACGAAGAGUCGCUCAAGGCCGCUCUCAUCAGCGCGAUCCGCCAUGCCCGAGUGGCGGGAAAUAUUCCGCAUUUUUAA